AUGAGCACGAUGAGCAAAAUGAUUAUGUGCAAUUUGAAUAAAUUGAAAUAUAAAAAGAAGCUCGUGGCAAAUGAAAAGGAAUUGAUGUCAUCUUGCCGUCAUCUCUAUCGAAAAGCGUUCGAUAAACGGUCUUUUUGGCUUAAUUUUGCCGUCAUUCGAGAUCCGAUCAAUCGCUUCAUUUCCGUCUACAAAUAUCUUUGCUUUUAUGUUCGAAUGUGUGGAAGGUAUGGGAGGAAUUUCCCGAAAAUGGUUGAUCAAUUCGAUCGAAUGUUUAGAAACGCUCGAAAAUUUACGGGAAGAAUGCGAAAAUCACCAAUGUAUGCUAGGCAUCAUUUAAAGCCUCAAUCAUGGGAUUGUCGUUUCAACAAAUUACGUGACUCCUUUCGAAUCAUUCACUACGAGGAGAAUCUUCGAGAACAAUGGCAGGAAAUGUUUUAUGAAGCGGGCGUUUCUGAGGAGAUGACGCAAAAGGUUCCAUUCAAAGAG